GGGGCGGGGCCGGGUCGGGGCCAGUGCGGGGCCGGGGCGCGCCAGGGCGCGCCAGGACGCACCGAGGCGCGCCAGGGCGGCCAGGUCGCGCAGGAGCCGGCGCGGGGCGGCCUGAGCGCCACCAGCCGCUGCCGGCCGCCACCGCUCCGCGGCAGGCGCGCCGGCGCGGGGUUGGCUGAUGGCGGGCGCGGCGCCGCCGAAGUUGGUGGCGCCGCCGGAGGGGCUGCCUCCAGGCUGGUCCGCGGAGGAGCGGUUCUAUUCGGAGAAGAGCCAGGCCCACGGGAAGUCGUACAUCCGGUUCAACGGGCCCAACGGCAGGCACAAGGGCAUCGGGAGCGUCGCCAAGGCCAUUGAGUUGGAUGCCGUUGACCGGGGGCUGAGUGUGGCCGAGGACCUGAAGAAGUGGGACGACAUCAAGAAGCGGCAGAGGGAGGAUGCCAAGGUCGUCACACCCUCGAAGCAGCCCCCCGAGCCUGGAGAUGUCGGGCGGGCCGCGGACGCCCGGGCGGACCGCGCGGCCGGCAGGCCGCCGAAGCGCGCCCGCGCCAGCCUCGCGCCGACGGACGGCGACUACGUCCCCGCGCCGGGGCUGGCGGUGCGGAGCGUGGCCGCCGGCGCCGCCGUGCCCAGGGGCGCGCCAGCGGCGCUGGCGCUGGCGUUGCCGCGCGUGGUCGAGGCGCUGCACCUCCGCGGCUUCGGGCCCGACGUCGGGCUCGUGGCCGUGUUCGACGCUCGGCGUCCGCUGAGCUCGACGCGCUUUCCGGCGCCUACUUCGAGGCGCCUUCCAAGAUGGGCGGCCGCCCAUGCUACCAGUGGGUCGCCGCGUCAGAGAAGGGCCUCGGCCUCCUGUGCGACGCCGUGUGCCUGUUCUGGAACGAGGACUCCGAGCUCCUGCGGUGGCAGAUCGGGAGCCCCGAGCUCAGCCGCGCCUGCUACGCCUUCGCCCCCGAGGACGAUUGCAGACACCCCUGGGAGGUGAGCAAGCCGUGGCAGAUCUUGAGCGACGGAUUCGGCGAGGAGGAGGGCGAGCAGGAGGACGGGGACGAGGAGGAGCAGGAGCCAGGGAGCGCACGCGCUGGGCAGACGACUGCCGCCUUCAGCGGAGCGACUCCAGGCCACCAGCCAGCCGCUGGACUGCUGGCACGAUGGAGCCCAGCAUCGCACGUCGCGCACGCCCCGGCGUGAGGCGGCCGGAGUCCCCGCCCGCCAUGCCCUGGCGCUGCCGCCGAGCUCGCGCGCCUGCCCAGACGUCCGACGACGUGAUUGCGAAGGCGCCGAAGCAGCCGCGCGCCGCGCGGCGCUGCAUCGCGCGUGGGCGCGAGGCGACGCGCUGCCUGCCCGCAGGGCACGGCGCGCAGCCAGGGCCGCUGUCGCGACGCGCGGCGCAAAAGCUUCCGCAGCGUGGCCCCGCCCCUCUCGGGCGAAGGGAGCUUUUUGUCGCCGCGCCGUUGGCUGCGACGCGCGGCCUUGCGUCUCCCUCC